CAAAUAUAUGUAGGUUUCUUUUCUUUUCCACCCAAAAAAUAGUUGGGGAAGAAAAUGAGAAAAUUUAAAUCCCCUUACCCUCCCCUCGGCCGCUUUCCCUAAUUAAAACACAAAAUCUUCUUCCUGUCGAGUUAUUAGAACCCUAGUAUUGGAUUCCUUUCAAUUCACAAAUCUGAAAUCUCUGUACCAAAUUCAAUUCACUUGUUUCCAAUGGCGUCUUCCAGAGAUGCAGACCCAAGUUUGGGUUACCUGACCCGUAAAGAAACGGAGGUAAAGCUCCCUAGACCGACACGUGUCAAGAACAAAACCCCUGCACCUAUCCAAAUAACCGCCGAACAAAUCCUGCGCGAAGCACGUGAACGUCAAGAAUCAGAAAUCCGACCCCCUAAACAGAAAAUAACCGACCCGACUGAGCUAGCCGAUUACCGUCUCCGUAAACGCAAAGAAUUCGAGAGUUUAAUUAGUCGCGUUCGCUGGAACAAGAGUGUUUGGGUUAAAUAUGCCAAGUGGGAAGAAUCGCAAAAGGAUUUCAAGCGCGCGCGUUCCGUCUGGGAGCGCGCGCUUGAAGUCGAUUAUAGAGAUCAUACAAUGUGGCUGAAGUAUGCUGAUGUUGAGAUGAAGAAUAAGUUUGUUAAUUAUGCUAGGAAUGUGUGGGACCGGGCUGUUACGUUGUUGCCUAGAGUUGAUCAGCUGUGGUAUAAGUAUAUACAUAUGGAGGAGAUGUUAGGGAAUGUAGCCGGUGCUAGGCAGAUUUUCGAGAGGUGGAUGACGUGGAUGCCAGAUCAGCAAGGUUGGUUGAGUUAUAUUAAGUUUGAGUUGAGGUAUAAUGAGGUCGAGAGGGCGAGGGAGAUUUUCGAGAGGUUUGUUAAGUGUCACCCGAGAGUUGGGGCGUGGAUUAGGUUCGCCAAGUUUGAGAUGAAGAACGGGGAGAUAGGUAGGGCGAGGGGUUGUUAUGAACGGGCGGUGGAUAAGUUAGCGGACGAUGAGGAGGCCGAGACGUUGUUUGUGGCGUUUGCGGAGUUUGAGGAGAAGUGUAAGGAGACCGAGAGGGCGAGGUGUAUAUAUAAGUUUGCGUUGGAUCAUAUACCGAAAGGGCGGGCCGAGGAUUUGUAUAGGAAGUUUGUCGCGUUCGAGAAGCAGUAUGGUGACAGGGAAGGUAUCGAGGAUGCUAUAGUUGGGAAAAGGAGGUUUCAGUAUGAGGAUGAAGUGAGGAAGAAUCCGCGUAAUUAUGAUACGUGGUUUGAUUAUAUUCGGUUGGAAGAGAGCGUUGGAAAUAAAGAGAGGGUUAGAGAGGUUUACGAGAGAGCUAUUGCGAAUGUUCCCCCUGCUGAAGAGAAGCGGUAUUGGCAGCGAUACAUUUACUUAUGGAUUAAUUAUGCAUUAUAUGAAGAGCUUGAUGCACAAGACAUGGAAAGGACCAGAGAUGUCUACAGGGAGUGUCUUAAGCUGAUUCCGCAUCAGAAGUUCUCAUUUGCAAAGAUUUGGUUGUUGGCUGCCCAGUUUGAGAUUCGGCAGUUGAGACUCAAGGAGGCGCGGCUUCUACUUGGCGAAGCAAUUGGAAGGGCUCCUAAAGACAAGAUAUUUAAGAAGUACAUUGAAAUAGAGCUGCAUUUUGGAAACAUAGAUCGUUGCAGAAAGCUUUAUGAGAAGUACUUAGAAUGGUCACCAGAAAAUUGCUAUGCUUGGAGCAAAUUCGCUGAGUUAGAGAGGUCCUUGUAUGAAACGGAACGAGCCAGAGCUAUUUUUGAGCUUGCAAUUGAUCAACCUGCACUGGAUAUGCCAGAGUUACUAUGGAAGGCUUACAUCGACUUCGAGAUCUCUGAGGGUGAAUUUGAAAGAACAAGAGCACUAUAUGAAAGACUUCUUGACCGCACGAAACACUUGAAGGUGUGGAUCAGUUUUGCGAAGUUUGAGGCCUCGGCUAUGGAUUCAGAGGUUGAGGAAGAUAUUGAACAGAAAAAGAACUGCCUGCAACGUGCCAGAGAUGUUUUCGAGAGGGCCGUUUCUUACUUCAGAAAUUCGGCACCUGAACUGAAAGAAGAAAGAGCAAUGCUUCUCGAAGAAUGGCUAAAUAUGGAAAGCGGUUUUGGUGAGCUUGGGGAUGUCAGUUUAGUCCGUGCCAAACUACCAAAGAAACUGAAGAAGAGAAGGCAAAUAGACAUGGAAGAUGGUCCUGCAGCGUAUGAGGAGUACAUUGAUUAUCUGUUCCCUGAGGAAACACAAACUACCAAUCUUAAGAUCUUGGAAGCUGCUUAUAAAUGGAAGAAGCAACGGGUUGCAUCUGAGGAGGAUUAGGCAGAUUCUCUGUUAGCUUCCAUUUGGGUUUCUGAAAUGUGGUUAGCAUAUUUGUGUUCCCUUUGUUGUCCCCCUUUUUGUUUGUAUUAAAUGGUGAAAGAAAAAUUAAGAAAAGAAAGUGAAGAGAGUUUGUAACUGACAUUUAUAUCUCUUUCUCAACAAAUCUAAUCUGGCAUUGUUGUGCACUCAAAAAGGUAUGGCACAGAAUGCCUGGUCGAAUGUUUUGUGGAGUGACACGGAGUGUUCCUAUUUUAGUCGGGACAUUGUUUAGCUGUGUUUUAUGUUGGCUGUUUCUAUGACUUAGUUCUCAUGGCAAUGAUGUACUGUAAAUUAUGCAAAUGUACUACACGCGAUUUGAACAUAGUUUAUCUAUCUUGAACACUUAUUACC